UAAAGACACGGAUCACCUGCGUUACACACCUGAAGACUCACCCGAGUCUACCAGCAUUGCAGAUUCUAGUCGUUCACUUCACGAUAAUGGAAGAAAUGAUAGCCGAAAAUUUCCGGAAAGAGAAAACGAAAGUAGUUCACUAAAUUCUGGGAAGUUAGGAAGUGACAAAGUUAAAACUCCGACAUUUAACAAAGAGGAAAAUUUGUCAACACACACUAAAAGACCUAACAAAAGUGAAGACAAUAAGCCAAGUUCCAAACCAGACAGAAGAAACCAAACAUCCACACCUGAACUGAAGUUUACACCGCCGCCUUUACAAGAAACAAACAAGGGACAACACGAAAACAAUUCACCGCGAAACAAUCCAUUGGAAACUAUAAAACAAAAGGUCAAGGAUGAAACAUUAGGGCAUUACGGCCUCGAUACGCCUGCACAAAAACACGAAAUUUCUAAAGAUCGGAAUCAAACGUCUAAAGACGAACAUCAUAAGGUGCCUACACAAGAACACGACAUUUCUAAAGAUCGGAAUCAAAUGUCUAAAGAGGAACAUCAAAAGUUGCCUAUACAAAAACAUGAAGUUUCUAAAGAUCGGAAUCAAACGUCUAAAGAGGAACAUCAUAAUGUGUCUACACAAAAACAACAAAAGUUCAAAACCAACUUCAGAGGCCAAGUCGGAGGUCCGUCUUCAGACUUUCAGAUCUACCAUCCCAGAAACUUUGACCCUUUGAUCAAUGAAUUGCACGCCAAACUUAAAGCACUACAGGGGGAGGUGGCCGCACUCAAAGCUGAAAAAUAUGACCCGGGGGUGACCUACAUCAAUCAACCAGACAGCCAGAAGGAGGCUCAGGCCCGGAAGCUGGAGAAGCAGCUGGAUGACCUACAUGCGCAGCUGAGAGCGCUGAGAGAUGACGUCACAGAUUUGAAGUCAGAAAACAACAAACGCCCCAACGCUGUAGGAGCCAUAACUGAAACCCCGGGAAGUAAAGCAAAAGGUACCCCCCAGUACCUGUCCCCACAGCAGUACUCGUCCCCCGUCCCCCCUACCCGUCCCAUCACACGGGGAGCUAACUCAGACAAGGAGAACCAACCCAAUAGCAAGCCAGCGGAACAGUCAACACACAAACCAGAAGGCCCGCGAGUGAGGUGGUCACGUGACGAUACUGUCUACCCUAUACCAAAGUCUGACGGAGGAAGAAAAGAUUCCAUCCGAGCCUUCACCCCCAACGGGACUCGCAUCACCGAACCUUCCAGAAUCCUGAGCCCGCCCGCCUACAACCCGCGCCGGGGGAGCAAAAUUAUGUCCCCCUUGACCAUCUUCUCUGACCCCAGUUUACCCUGGCCUGAAUCUGCCAGGGUGAAGGUCAAAUCAUAAUUAGAAUAUUUAGAUAUUUAAUUUAUAA